AUGACACGAAUACUUCAAGGAAACUUGAAUAGAUGUUCGCUUGCGCAGAACCUACUUUACCAGCGCGUAGCUGAGGACAAAAUUGACGUCUGCAUAAUCAGCGAACAAUACCAGAGCGCACUUGUUAAAUCAUGGUACGUGGAUAAGACGAGUACAGCAGCUAUCUGGAAUCAGCGUGUUCGCCAGAAGCUGACCAGCAUCGAGAACACCAUCUGUGGAUUUAAUGGCGAAGACUUAAUAGCUGGAGACUUCAAUGCUAAGUCUGUGGAAUGGGGCGCAGAUUUCUCAGACACCAGGGGAAACGAAGUUGCGGACAUGGCAGCGAGGCUCGAUCUUACGGUCCUAAAUACUGGAGUGACGUCGACAUUUAGAAGACCUGGUUAUCGAGAGUCAAUUCUCGAUAUUACUCUGGCGACUCCAAAAACUGCCAGUAGAAUCCAGGACUGGAAGAAGAGACUACCCACCACGUACACCGAGAUUACGAAAGAUGCAGCUGGAAUACCAGGAAGUUGGACAUUAAUGCUCUACGAAUCCCUCACGCGGGGGUGGGUGACACUGGAAUCACAUCCGUUCCCAACUAACAGCAGCGAGACGAAAAACAUUGUAACAAAAACGAUGAAGAUUAUAACUGCAGCAUGCAAUGCUUCUAUGCCACGUCGUAAAACACAGGACUUGCACCGGCCAGCAUAUUGGUGGACAUGCGAAAUCGCAGAGCUGAGGAAAAAAUGUCACCAACUCCGACGACGAGCAACAAGAGCUGCUAAGCACUCCCCAGCUCAGACCUACUACUCCAAUGAGUACAAGGCGGCCAAGAAGGAGCUCAAUAGAGCCAUCAAGUCCAGUAAAGGCAAGCUGUGGGCAGAAAUUUGCAACGACCUCAAUAACGAUGUCUGGGGCAAAGCCUACCAUAUAGUCGCAAAAGGAUUGGGUAGAACCUUACCAGAGCCGCCAAAAAGCCCGGCUAUGAUGAACCAGAUUGUUACUGAGCUCUUCCCAAACCACCCAGCGCGGAAGAAGAGUCGCUACAAGAACACCACCAAUGUGUUGCAGUUCACUGUUUCGGAACUGCAAACCGCAGCAAAAACCCUGAAACUAGGGAAGCACCCGGCCCUGACGGUAUUCCAACACAAGUGA